ACAAGUUUUAAUCUACUGGAAGCUGUCCGCACAAUGAAUCCUCUUCUGGCAAAAAGGAUCUUGAAAGGAGUUCUGCUGUUGGAAGUUUGCGGAGUUGGUGGAGUCUAUUGGCUAUAUUACAAAAUGGACACCAGUCAAGAUUUCAGGCAAAAAAUGAACAGGAGAUAUCCAUCUAUCCUGGAAGUUUAUUACAAAAGCAAUGAAUGGUCUGGUAUUUAUGGCCUAAGAGAAAGAGAUCAAGAGACAUGGCUGAGCAGUAAAAACUAGCUCAGUCUGUUCCGGAACUUCUUUUUCUGCCUGAUGAUACUUUUUGCAUCUUUAUCGUGAAUCCACCUGUUACCAUGAGGAGAUGCCUGGAAUUCCUUCUCAUCUCCAAUGUAGUGUAACAGAAUAAUUCGACCGGAAGGCUCUAGCAAUGUGUAACCAUGCCUUACGAAGUUUCUUUUGUGGUCAACUUUUCUCAACUUCGGAUUCCUUUUUGGCCACAGUCUUGACUCCAGAAUUGAUCCCGGUAUAUUGAUCACAGCGCCAAUCAUAUAUUUUUUUCCUGAGGAGAACCUUUAAAAGAAUCUGGGAAGACAUCACCACUGCAAGGCUUGCAUGGGGGUUCAGUUAUAACCUUCUCAUAAUCAGGAUCAGCUGGAAUAUGAAGGACUUCUUCCACUGUGAAAGUAAUGGUUCUUCUACAAUAUAAAGCCAUCAGGAAGACUUCUCCCCUCUACAGAAUUUUGGAAGCUUCUUGUAUACGUUGAAGCGCUGUCUUGAAUCUGCCUUCUUGCAUAUAGGUGUGCACCUCUAGCUUGCAUUCAGGCAACCCAAAGUGAGCUCCAUCCAAAGUUCAACCCCCUUUAAGAAACUGUUCACUGAAGUCACUUUCUGUUCUCAUAGGAAGACAUCCAUUCACUCCUGUAUAUGCAGAAACAAUUAUUAAAUGGCAGCAACAACAAGCAAUCAUGGCACAGUUACAAAGAAGGCGGAAACCAACUUCAGAGACAGGCAGCAAAGCUUUCGGGUGUCAAAGAUUCUCCAGGAAAGCAGUCUUACUGGUGCACAAAUGAGAGCAGGAAUCAAUGUAGGCUUCAUUUGAGAGUUGAAGAGACUGGGUGCCAGUGUUGGGAAAGCUACUGUGUGUAGUCACCCAUUUCCAGUGGUAAGGGCAGCAUACUGUUAUCACACACAAAAAUUAAUCGCAUUGAUGGAUUACUGAUAUCAAAUUGAAUGUAUUAAUCUUUCCAUGUUACAUUAAUUGCUUACUGUUUGCAGGUACUCACUUUUAGAAAUAAGAAAUCUCUGAUCCUCAAUUUGAGCUGAAUAAUGAAAGCCUUAGAAAACCAAACAGCAUGGAUGCCUAAGUUUAAUGUUGAUUAAAAAGCCCUGAGGAACA